CUACGUCUGCACUGCGUGUGGCAGGCUCGCGCUCGCGGCAGCGGGGGCGGUGGCGGGGGCGAGUGCAUCGGGGGCGGCGUGCAGCUGCACGUGGUGGCGGCGACGCAGCGCAACGCGUCGGGCGCCUGGAGCGUGGCGACGUCGGCCUCCAGCGACGUCGCGGCGCGCGUCCGCCCCCGCCUGCACCUCGAGGCGACGCUGGGCGUGGGCGUCUGCCCGCGCGGCCUCGUCACGCUCUCCGCGCACGCCGCCGUCGCCGCCGCCGCGCCCGCGGGCUACGAGCGACUGCGCAUCCCGGGCGUCGACAGCCUGUACCGCCUGCAGGCGAAGGCGCUGCCGUGGCCGCAGGCGAGGGCGGCGUGCGAGGCGGAGGGCGCGCACCUCAUCGUGGUCAACUCGGAGGCCGAAGCGCAGGUGGUGCGCGAGCUGUUCGGGCGCGCGUCGCAGUUCGAGGGCGCCAUCAACUCGUACUGGCUGGCGGUGGGGCUGCGCAGGAGCGGCGAGCGCAACGAGACGGUGCUGGGCGCGGCGCUGGAGGCGUCUGGCUACGCGCGGUGGGCGCCCCUCGACGGCCAGUGGGCCCCUGGCCCUGGCAAGGACUGCGGCAUCAUGGACCGAAGGAUGCUCUUUGCCUACGAACUGUGCACGCACAAGAGAGCCUUCAUUUGCGAGUUCGAAGCGGACAAAGCGCUGUACUAAACCAGGGCGUUCACAGCAUUUCUUUAGGUAGUUGCUAUGCAUUGGAAAUGAUAUAUCCAAUCGGAAAAGGAAAGAGUGAAAUUCACCAAACCAAAAGACGUCGCAAAACUUUAUUCGCAAAACUUUAUUCACAAAGAUGCUGAAAAGUAAUGAAUAAAGCACUGAAGGAAAUUAUUAUGAGAGAGGCAUGAUUUCAUUCCUCGUGUGAAUGUUUUCUAAUUGUUCAAAAUGCAGUUUUAACAGGUAAUGAAUGCAUUUUGAGGUUAUAUUUGCAUCCAAACUACUUCGUUAAUUCUUCUGAAUAUUAUUAUGAAUAAUAAAGAAGUGUCUUUCCAUAUUUCAUCAAAAAAUUCAUGAUUUCUCUUUAUUGAACCACAAAACCUACUGCUACCAAUGUUGUGACUCUCUAUAUAAUGCUAUAUGUAGAGUGAUUUAAUGAUUAUAUACUUUAGACAAUUACAGUUAUUUCAUUAUUCCUUUUUCUCUUGGUAUCCAAAAAACCUGUAAAUGUAGUAGACCCAUUGAAGACCAUCAUUACAUUUGUCAUUCUGUUUGAACAAGUUUAAAAUUUUGAAAUUAAAUAAGGAACUUCAAUUUGUUCAAAAAACUAAUCGCUACAAUUGAACAUCGAAUUCAGAACUCAUCGUCUAUUCCUACUUGCUACUAUCAUCACGCUAAAGGGAAGACUAAAGCAUCGAACCAUUUCAUGGUUAUUUGUAUUAUCCCUUAUAUAAUACUCACUCUCCAUCUUGUUCCAUUGAGGAAACCGAAAGACUUUGGAAGUUUGUACAGAAAAUGUCAUCCAUUAAGAGAUUUUACACGAACUUGUUACUGAGCGACAAAGAAUUUGAUGAAUAGUGUUACAACACGGAACAUAUGUCGAACGUAUUUGGAAUUCCACAAAAGAAGUAGAUGUUGACAUUGGAUUAUUGACAAUAUUUAAAUUGUUAGUCUUCACUGAGAACUACGUAUGGAUAAUAAAUAUUAUAUAGUCAAAGAAAGUGGAAAGAUUAGAAGGGAGUCCUCCAUAUUACUGAAGGUGAUGUGCUCCCUUAUUGGAGAAACAUAUUUACGAUCUUCUCCAAUAACUAAGUAUAAUUAAACAACUACAAAAUGUUCGUAUUCUUUACAUUUUAAUAACUUUCAUGGUUUGUUAUUUACUGUAAAUUAUUGAUACAAUAUACAUGAAUAUCUUAGAAAUCUUAAUAUGUUUUGCGUGAAAAACCCAAUACACACUGACGUCUUGUCUUUCUGAUGACUCACAUUUCGACCACAUGCAGGCCACUUGAUGUAACUGACCCGUUCGAGGUUAAACUACCAAGUUCACAUCCUUGCUAGUUUAUGAUUAAGCAAUUACAAAAUAAGAGACGAUAAGUUAGAACGUAUAAUAUCCUUAUUAUAAGAAAAAACAGACACAAUAUAUUUGGUAAAUACAUAGAGUAUAUGUAACAAAGAAAUGUAAUAAUUGUUUCCUGCAAUAUAUGCAAAUUGUAAUAAAAUGUUUUAAUCAGUACAAACGUAUCUUAAAUAUUUCAAUGUUCAAUUUAUUGACUAUAAUUGAGAUUACUAUCAGCUGUUCAUCAAUGAGUUUACUCUGUUGACCGUCAUACCUUUAAAUUCUUAAAAAGAAGAUUAUAAUGCACAAAAGAGUAUUUUUUGUGUUGAAAUAUUCUUCAUUAUAUUAUCUUUAGUGAACUAUCUUCAGAGCCUAUUACAAUAUUUAUUUAUCAUC